GUUCCUACUUUAAAUCACGUACCCGGAUCUAACGUGAAUGUCAAACAUGGCGCUGUUGGUCACUCACGGAUUUCAAUGAGCAAAAAAAUAUGCGUAGCUCGUCCUUUUUUAUUCCUGUGUGCGCGUUGAUCACUUGAAUUAUAACACAUUUCCAUAUGUGGCUUGAGUAUGUUUGUGACGAAAAUGUCGUUGAGCCACAUGAAUCGAGGCGUUUGUCUGCUCUUGGGUCAAAUUCAGCGAUGUGCUGUGGCCACAAGCUUCCCAGCAGGUCGGUGUAUGACCCAGUCGGCGACUCAGCCGGAGCCCUGCUCGGUAGAAAACGAGUCAGUAAAACCGACUUUUAAGAAUCGAAACCCGCGGAGCCUUGAGCGAAUGGCCCUGGCGGUGAAAGACCGGGGCUGGAAGACGACAUGGCCUCACCGCGAGUUCUACCACAGAUUGAUAUUUUCCCGCAGUCAGAAAUAUGUGACGGCUCAGGUCUUCUCUUCCUCUUCACCCGACCCGGUGCUCUCGUGCUCGACCAAAGAGUGGGCGCUGAAAAGAGAGCUGCCCUCCACAAAUUGUGUGGCGGCAUGCCAGGCUGUGGGCGAGGUGCUGGCCCAUCGAUGCAAGCAGGCCGGCAUCACCAGGAUGGUGUACAGGGCCAUUCCCUGGACGUAUCGCUCGGAUGCUGUUCAGUCUUUCCGGGCAGCAAUGAAAGAUGGAGGAAUCAUCCUCAGUGAACCCAGAAGGAAAUAUAUAGGAUUCUAAAUGUUUUUUCUUGUGUUAAAAUGGCACCAUGACAAUACAAUGACUCACAUUGUGCUGUUUUACCGUUCUUGUCAAUAAACUGUUACCAAUUUGAA